AUGCUAGAUGAACUAAGUGCCCUUCAGAGUAAUGGAACUUGGAAGCUUGUCCCAUUACUGUCUGAAAAAUUUGUUGUUGGUUGCAAGUGGAAUUUUUCUAUCAAAGUUGGUUCUAAUGGAACUAUUGAUCGCCUCGAAGCUCGUCUUGUGGCUAAAGUAUGUAUUGAUGACAUUGUUCUUACAAAAAGUGAUAGUGAUGACAUCUCUCAAAUGAAACAACAUCUUCGUAACCAUUUUCAGACCAAAGAUCUUGGCAAACUUAGAUAUUUCUUAAGUAUUGAGGUGACACAAUCCAACGAUGGUAUUGUUAUAUCUCAAAGGAAAUAUGCACUGGAUAUUUUGAAGGAAACUAGGUUGAUGAAUUCAAAACAUGUGGACACACCCAUGGAUCCUAAUACCAAACUUCUAUCAAAACGGGGAGAGUCUAUGUCAGAUCCCAAGAAAUAUAGAAGACUAGUUGGAAAAUUAAGUUAUCUUACAAUUACUCGUCCUGACAUUUCCUUUAUAGUUAGUGUGUACAUUAAAGGAUCUCCUGGAAAAGGGUUGUUAUAUGGUUCUAGUAACCAUACAAGAGUGGUUUGUUAUUCUGGUGCUAAUUGGGCAGGAUCUCCUUCUGAUAGAAGAUCUACUACAUCUGGAUAUUGUGUCUCCAUUGUGGCCAUGCUAGAUGAACUAAGUGCCCUUCAGAGUAAUGGAACUUGGAAGCUUGUCCCAUUACUGUCUGAAAAAUUUGUUGUUGGUUGCAAGUGGAAUUUUUCUAUCAAAGUUGGUUCUAAUGGAACUAUUGAUCGCCUCGAAGCUCGUCUUGUGGCUAAAGGUUACACACAAAUUUUUAGGUUGGAUUAUGGUGAUACUUUUUCUCCAGUGACAAAGAUGACAUCUACCAAAGAUCUUGGCAAACUUAGAUAUUUCUUAAGUAUUGAGGUGACACAAUCCAACGAUGGUAUUGUUAUAUCUCAAAGGAAAUAUGCACUGGAUAUUUUGAAGGAAACUAGGUUGAUGAAUUCAAAACAUGUGGACACACCCAUGGAUCCUAAUACCAAACUUCUAUCAAAACGGGGAGAGUCUAUGUCAGAUCCCAAGAAAUAUAGAAGACUAGUUGGAAAAUUAAGUUAUCUUACAAUUACUCGUCCUGACAUUUCCUUUAUAGUUAGUGUGGAUCUCCUUCUGAUAGAAGAUCUACUACAUCUGGAUAUUGUGUCUCCAUUGUGUUAUAAUCUUGUCUUCCAUGAGAGGACCAAACACAUUGAGACUGAUUAUCAUUUCAUUCGAGAGAAAAUUGUAUCUAGAGAUAUCAAGAUUGAAAGAGGUUUGAAGACUACUCCUGCUGCUGUCAAGCUUAAUAAAAAUGAAGACCAGGUAGUGAUUGGAAACGGCAUAGUUUCCCUCAAUUUGUCAAACCCCCAAGGCUAUAUUAUUGGACUAUACUAUGACGGAACUCAGAAUAUACUUAGUCAAAAAAACGGAGAAUUUGAUAGAGGGUACUUGGACGUUGUUUGGAACGACGCAGGAAAACCUGGGAUCUUUGAGAGAAUCAAUGGGACAAAGUUCUCAGUAAUUGAAGCAAGUGAUACUGUGGUGGAGGUUUCCUUUUUAAAAACAUGGAAUGCUGCCAUGCAAGGCUCGAGUGUCCCCAUAAACAUAGACUUAAGGUAUAUAUUGCGAAGUGGUGAUUCUGGGUUUUAUUCAUACGCAAUAUUUACUCGUCCACAGGGAUUACCUGCAGUCACGGUUUAUCAAAUUAGAAUAGUUUACAAACUCGACGAAGACAGGUUCCACUAUAUGGCCAUAUCUGAUACAAGGCAAAGAAGGAUGCCAACUGCAGAAGACAGAAGAACGGGCAAGGUGCUGGCGUAUCCUGAAGCUGUUCUCUUAACCAAUGCAACUGACCCACAAAUUCGAGGAGAGGUUGAUGAUAAAUAUCAAUACUCGACAGAGAACAAAGAUAACUCUGUUCAUGGGUGGAUUGCAGAGGAUGAUUCAGCACCAGUGGGUUUCUGGGUGAUAACUCCCAGUAAUGAGUUCCGCAAUGCUGGGCCCGUUAAACAAGAACUCACUUCUCAUGUUGGCUCAACUUCUCUUUCCAUGUUUACCAGCACUCAUUAUGCUGGCAAGGAGGCAGUCAUUGCCUUUGAUGAAGGGGAGACUUAUAAAAAGGUUUUUGGGCCAAUUUUUCUUUACCUUAACUCUGCUCCAACGAAAACUCAGUUUAAGUCUCUGUGGUCAGAUGCUGUAACACAGUUAUCCAAUGAAGAAAAAAAAUGGCCUUAUGAUUUCAUCGGAUCAAAAGAUUUCAUUCCACCCAGUCAACGGGGAAUGGUGUCAGGAAAACUUCAAGUUAAAGAUGGGUACAUCAGGGGAGGGACGGCUCAACCAGCUAAAAGUUCUUACGUUGGUCUAGCUUUACCUGGAGAUGCAGGAUCAUGGCAAAUAGAAAGCAAGGGUUAUCAAUUCUGGACUCAAACUGACGAAGAUGGAAGCUUCUCAAUUACAAAUAUUGUACCUGGGAUUUACACCUUGUAUGCAUGGGUCCCUGGUUUCAUUGGAAAUUAUAAAUAUGAAGUCAAUGUUGAUAUCAAACCAGGAGGCAACAUCAACUUGGGUUCACUUGUAUACAAUCCUCCAAGAAAUGGUCCUACUUUGUGGGAAAUUGGGAUCCCAGAUAGGUCAGCUGCAGAGUUCCAUGUACCAGACGUUUACCCAGAGCUUGAAAACAAAUUGUACCUAAAUGAUAAAAAAGACGGGUUUAGGCAAUACGGUUUGUGGAAACGUUACACUGAUUUAUAUCCAACAAAAGAUCUCAUUUUCACAGUCGGUGUUUCUGACUAUCAUAAGGAUUGGUUUUAUGCUCAAGUUACCAGGAGCACAAACACGAGUAAAUUCAUACCAACCACUUGGCAGAUUCAAUUCCAGCUUGAGAAUAUCAUAAUGGGAGCAAACUACACACUGCAAUUGGCCUUGGCAUCUGCCACUAAUUCUAAAUUGGAGGUUAGGUUCAACAACCCGAAUUCAAACCCUCCAGACUUCUCAACAGAAAAGCUAAUUGGCAACGAUAAUGCCAUAGCAAGGCACGGCAUCCAUGGAUUGUAUGAUUUGUAUAGUGUAGGUGUAGACAGUAAUCAAUUGGUAAAAGGAAAAAACACCAUCUAUUUGACACAGUCAAAUGCCAAAACUCUAUUUGAAGGAAUUAUGUAUGAUUAUAUUCGUUUGGAAAGUCCUACAACUAACGAAUAAAUUUUGUUGUGCCUUGAACUUGUAGUUGAGCAAUCAUUAGGAUUCUCUCUUCUUGUAA